AUGGAUAAAGAAAUUAGAAACCUUUAUCAAGUAGAUAGCAAAUAGAUGUCUGAACUGGCUGAUCAUGAUUAAGAAGCAAAUGAAAAAAUUCAAAUAUUCACCUCAAACAGCACUCUUUAGAAUUAUAAAAAUUAAAUUAAUUUUCAAGAAAAUGAGCGCAGCUUUAACCUUCAUGAUAGAAGCUAAAGUAGAAAUAGUGCCAAAAAUUUUUUUGUUUAAACGCAAAGUCUUUUGGCAGACCAAAAAGAAAUUUAAUGGCCAUCAAAGCAAAACCUAUAAAUUAGAAAAUCUGUUAGUUCCAAAGUUAUCAGAAUGACAACCUCUUAAUUCAGCAAGAGAUAGUAGCUAAUGGACAGUUAAUAAAGGCUUCAAAGCUCAGAUUCUAAAAAUGCUUAUCAGCUUAUCAACAGCCCAAACUUAUAAAGGUAAUUUUAAAAGUACUGUGUUACAAGCAGAAAAGGGAGCAUUACCUAAAUUCCUUAAUAAUCUGAAUAAAUUCCUAUAGGCUUUAACAAUAAUAAAAGGCAAUUAGUUUUAUCAUAGAAUAUUGAAAAAAAUCAGACUUAAGACUAAUUACCUAUGUCGUUAUAAUAUAAAAUGUUUCAAGAAUCUUAUUUUCAAAGUUCAAAAAAUACUUCACAGAUUCAUAAUUUUAGUUAAGUUAAUUCGAGCACUCCAAGAUGUAUUAAUUCUCCCUUUAAUAACAACUUUAUUUCUAACUAGAAAAGUUCAAAUUUAUUGUAGAAGUAUUUUACUAGCUAGAGUUCAAAUGUCUCAAACAUCAAUAAGCUGUUUGGUAUUUCUUCUAAAGAAGAAAACAACCUUUGCUUCAACGAUUAAGAAGAUAUCAGUACAGCUAAUUUAGCAAGUAGCACAUUAGAACAGAUUCAAAAUUCAAGUAAAAAUAACAUGUCAUAAUCUAAGCUAAACAUAUUCGUAAAAUAGACUUAAGGCUUCUAAAAUUAAAGCUAUUUUUCACCAAAAGCUAGUGCUGUCAACACAACAGCAAACACUUACUUGACUAAGAUGUCUUUUCCUAGUUCUCCAAAACAAAAUUUUUUUAUUACUGAAAAUCACUCAGAAAAUUUAAAUAUGAUGAUGGAGAAGUAGUAUUCAAUUCAAGACUAGGUUAAUAGUGAUAAAGAAGAGCCAACUAUUUUCAUAAAUAAAUAAGAUAAUAACAAAACUACUUCUAUAAAAAGUAAAGAAAAACUACCCUUUUUGAAGAAAAAUAUUGAGUCAUUUUCAAGAGGUUCGCUCUUUCAUUCUCCAGUCUUGCUAAGUCAAACUACAGAUAAAGCUAGGUUGAGUCUUCAGUAGCAGUUUUAAUUAGAUUAAAUACAAUAAUCAUAAGAAAAGUAUUAAGAUGAUAAGCUAUCAUUUUGUCAAAAUGAUAAAUAAUCUUAACAAACUUAGUCAGAAAAUGGAGAAUAAGAUGAUUUAACGAGCUAAGACCUAUAAAAAGAUUAAAAUAUAGAUGAUAAGUCAGACAUUUCACUACCUUUUAAACAAAAAUCGUUGCUCUAAAAUACUAAAGAUAAACUAUAUUAUGAGUAACUUAUGAGCCCUUUAAGCUCUAAAAGUGAAAUACAGCAAGAAAGACUACUUAAAGAAAAGCCAUCAAUGAAAUUUUAUUAAAAACUGAAAAGAAUAGAUAAAAUUACUCAAGAAAACGAAUUUGAUAGAGUAAAAAUAAGGAACAUAGAUUUGGAAACUGCUGUGAUUUAAAAGUAGCUAAAAAAUGCUAUUUUACCAAUUAACCUAAGAAAGUUCUAUAAAGAAAAUGUAAUCCCUAAUAAAAAUAUAAAAUUAAAAACAUAAGUUAGCACUCAUAAUGAGGUACCUACUGAUUAAAACGAUUAACAACCAAAUUAAGGAAUAUAAUUAUAACAAGAAACACAAUCAAAUGCAGAAAAAACUGCUUUAGAAACUGAUUUAGGACAAAAAAGAGUUAAUGGAGUAAAUUAUCAAGGACUACAAGAUGAAGAAAAAAUUAAAGAAAUGGAGGAAUUCUUAGAAAGUGAUAAAUAUAAUGAAACUUUUUAUGCAAAUAAUCUGAAAAUGGGUAAGUCUUACAUAGAUAUAAUAAGUGCUAUUCUUUAAUAAAAAAAGGCAAGAAGAUCUCUGAAACAAGUCUUUAUUAAAAACAAUAGAAUAAAUAACGAAUCACUAGCUAAAAUCGUUUAGAAUCUUCCUCUUUCUACAAAAUAAUUAGAUAUUAGCUGUAAUUAAAUAAAUCACAUUGGCUCAAAAUACGUGACUGAACUGAUUUAAGAUAAUGCGUUUCAUAAUUUAGAGUAUCUGAAUGUAUCUAAAAAUAUGAUAGGGGAUAUUGGAGCUAUUAAAAUUUUUGAGGCUGCUGUUUCAAAUAACUUUUUAAAAGUUCUGGACCUUUCACAUAAUAGAAUUACAAAUUUAUGCAAUAACAACAUUUAAAAGCUUUUGCAACAUAAUUAAUAUUUAGAUGAACUCUAUCUAGGACAUAACACCUUGAUGAAUGAAAGUCUGAAGAGCAUUUGUGAUGGAUUAGUUAACAACUACAACUUAAAGGUAUUGGACUUACAAAAUAAUAGCUUGGGUGGAAGUCAAGAUCCAUCAAAAUUUUAUGGUAAAAGGCUGAUAAGAAUUUGCAAUAACAAGCAGUCUAACAUGAAACACCUCGAUUUAUCUUUUAACAGAUUUUAAAAGCAAGAAGCUGUUGAGAUUUCUGUUGAGUUGCAAGAUAAUUUUUAUUUAUAUGGAAUGCAUUUUGAAGGGAAUCCUUGUAAUUAUAUAGUAAAUGCUAGAGGAUUUCUUGUUGAAAAUAAAAUCCCUUUAGAUGAUUAAGGGAGAGGGUUUUUAGAGAGGAAUAUAAGGAUCAAUGGAUUUUAAAAUGUCUCAGAAAUAUACAAAGACUUUUACUACAAAACAAUAAAUAACAAAUAAGCUUAAUUAGCAAGAAAUCACUAAACAAAAGCAAAAACUCAGAAUAAAAAAAAUGAUGAAGGUUAUGGAAAAAGUGGUGAAAUAUGUUGGAUUUGUGAUGGGUACAAAGAAGUUAAGUUCACAUUUAAGCUAAAUUAUAAAAUUGACAGAGAACCUGUUUAUAUUCAUCUAAGUUUUGAAGAUUACGAACCUUUUCGAAUGGAUUAAGAUCCUGUUGAUAGCUCUAAAUUUUUUAUUUAUAGAAUGUGUCCACCUGAUUAGCAAAUUACAUAUUUCUUCUCAAAUCCUUUUAUAAAUCAAAUUUCUAUUUUACCCUACAACUAAAUUAGAUCUUCAUCAAAUCCAAUGAAUAAAAAUUAAGGCAGUAGCAAUAACAAGAGGCCUUCUAUGAGAGCAAAUCAAAUUUUUAAUCCUAAAACUGAAUCUUAAAAAUAGAAUUAAAAUGUUUUAAUUGUGAAUUAUACUGACAUAUAAAAUUACAUAAUUCCUCUUCCGUAUUUGAUGAAUAUUUAUAAAUAAAAUAACAAUGAUCAAGACCAUAAAAAUUUAAUUAACAUAGAUAAUACAAAAAGACUAGAUUAAAAUGGGAACGAUUACAUAGAAUCUGCUGAAGAAUUAAUCUAGCAAAUAAGUUAGCAAGCAGAAAUGAAAAAAGAAGAAUAUAAAACCCACAUAAAUGGAGAUGAUUUUGACAAAAAUCCUGAGGGAUAAAUUAUUUAUAUUUACAAAAAGAAGCUAAGUAACGUAUUAAAUGAGAACUAUGAUCCAAUUAUAAGAAGUAUAAUAAGAUAAAUUUAAAAGCCAUUCUUAGGAUAAUCUGAAUAGUCGAAGGGUUGGAAAAAAAAUGGCUGGGAUGUUAAAAAUAGUAUAUUUGCAGAAUAUAAAAGUGAUGAUUAUUUACAUUUGAAAAAUUGCUUCGAAUUUGAUUGGGGUUAAUCAAAAUUGACUAAAAUGGUUAGAAGUGAAGAUGAUAAAGAAGAUUUAAAAUAGGUCUUAUAUGAUAUUUACCCUUUUCUAAAAAAUACUUACAAAUAACUUGCAUGCUAGAACAUGUAUGGAGAAGUAUUUGCUGUUUCUAGUUCGCUAUUUUAAGAUUUAAUUUCAUAAACUAAAAUUAGUGAUGGAAAAAUUAUAAAAUCGAGCGAUAUUGAAUUUAAUUUCAUAGCCACUAAUGCAUAGAAAGAAAAGCAUCCAAGAAAUCCUGAUAAAGCUCUGAUAAGGUUUUAAUUUAUGGAAGUUUUAGUAAGAUUGGCCUUUGAUAAAUAUGUAAAAAACAAAACAUUUUCUAGUUUUUCAGAAGCAUUCAAGCAAAUAUUAAACGAAGAAGAUUUAUUGAAGGUUUUAAUGGCAUCAAAUGAUCCUUAAAAGUGGAGAGAAAAUAGAUUAUGGACUCCAUAAUGCGAUACUUUGAUUAAAAACAAUAUGGAGUUUUUCAAGAAGAUUUAUGAAAAGUUUGCUGGAAGUAGAAAUAAGGAAAAAAGGUUAUUUACCAAUGUGAAAGUUAUGUGUUGUUAAGAAUUUAAAGAUUUUAUUUUUUCAUAUCCUAUUUUCAGCGAAUUGACUAACGAAAGAGAAUUGAAUUAAUUUUUUAACGAUAGCAUCAUGACUUAGGUGGAUGAACUAAAUAAAGAUAGGCACAUGCAAAUGCAAUUAAUUGAGUUUGUGGAAGCUUUUGGAAGAAUUUCUGAUAAACUUUCUCCAGUUCCUUAUGGCGAAGAUAAAGAUGCCUAUACAAAAUAAGAAUUAAUACAGCUUCCUCUGCAUAUGAAAAUAGAAAGCAUUAUAGCAUAAAUUAAUGGCCUAAAAGGCGGACUUAUUCCCCAAAAAUAACCUUCAAGACAAUCAAUUUUAAAUAUACCUUAAACUUCUAUGCCAAAAAUAAACUCACAAAUUGUAUUGGAUCAAAAAAGUAUAGAAGAAAUAAAAGACGAUGACAGUGCUUUAAUAAAUAAUAACGCUCAAAUAAAACUAGGAUUUAAAGGAUUUAUGUUAGCUAAAUCACUAAAAAAAAGGCUUAUAGAAAAUAAAUAAAAUUCAAUAUAACCUCAUUAAGGUAAAUAAGAGAGUAUCUAAGAUAUAUAAGAUAUAGAAAUGUGA